CUUGUUUCCCGUUUAAUUAAUACAACAACAAGCACCUAAGUGGAAGAUGGGCCGUGAAUGUAAAAGUUAAUAGGGCCUACAUGUAAGGGAAUGGCAACAAAAAGAAAGAUGGAUGAAAAGCAAGAUGACAGCAAGGUGACGUCUAAAAAGCCUGUUCCAUUUUGGAAAACCGGUCUUCUUUCCUCAAUGCAUGAUCCAGAGCUGCAGGUUUACAAGGACGAUAAAUUGAUAAUCAUCAAAGAUAAAUAUCCUAAGGCAAAAUAUCAUUUUCUGGUGAUGCCAAAAGAAAACAUUCCCAACUUGAAAAGCCUGAAGAAAGAAAAUGUUGAGUUGUUGAAGUACAUGCAUGAGAAAGGAAAAGAAAUAGCUGAAAAGUCAGAUGCAAAUUUGAAGUUUCGUUUGGGAUACCAUUCUGUGCCAAGUAUGAGUCAGCUUCAUUUACAUGUGAUCAGCCAAGAUUUUGACAGCCCCUGUCUGAAGAACAAAAAACAUUGGAAUUCCUUCACAACAGAGUAUUUCGUAGACUCAGAAGAAAUUAUAAAAGAACUUGAGGAGAAUGGGAAGGUUGUUAAAGAUGUUUCUGCUUCACAGGAACUGUUGAAGAAAGACCUCAGGUGCCAUGUAUGCAAAAAAGAGAUGAAGACAAUCCCAGCGCUGAAAACACACAUUAAAGAACACAGUUAUAAGAAAAGCUGACAUACAAAUCUUAAAUCACAUUAAGAAAAAGACACCUUCAUAAAUUGCGUCCAUUUGAUCGUACAUAAAUGUAACAUUGUAGAGUACUUUUCACAUGUGAGAGUGAAUGUUGAACAAAUGACAGUAUGAAAUUUGAGCAUGUGUUUGUGUUUUUAUAUCCAAAGUUUGUAAUCAAGGGUGUGCUGACUUGAAAUCUGUAAAAGUUUAUUUUGAAUUCUGUAUAUCUUUUUACCUUGGUUAUUGAUGAUUGUUUUCUUCAGAAUUAUCACUGCAAGCAAAACCCAGGCCUCUUGUCCAUAUGUCUAAAACCAAGUAAAUACUAUUGACUUUGAGAUGCAAUACCUAUUUGCGCAAAAUUUGACAACAAAGAUACUUAGAAUUUGUCA